CCCACACCACAACUUUCUUCAACCUAACCAAGUUUUGUCUCAUCAAAAGCUUGUCAUAAAUGGAUGUCAACAAUCACCAAAGGCUUCCAAGAUCGACAAAACAUCAAACGAGGGACUGUAAGGGGAAGCGAAAGAACAACAAUUCACUCAAAGUCGUCUACAUCUCUAGCCCCAUGAAGGUCAAGACGAGCGCCUCGAGAUUUAGGUCACUAGUGCAAAAACUCACGGGUAAGAACUCCGAUAUAUCACACUACAUGGCCGAGCCCAGUAACAGUUAUGGGUUCAUCGAUUUUUGUGAGAUUGAUUGUGACGCAAAUCAAUCAUUAGCAAAGCAGACGAGUGACGACCAGUGUCACCUUCUUUCAUCGAUUUCUGCAGAGGACACCCCCACGAGUUCAGACUCGCUGUUCGAGCCUAUAGACAACGUGUUCGCCUCUCAAAUGGACGAGCAAUUUUCAGGGUUUUUUUCGUCGAAUUCAUUCUUUGAUGCUUCUCAGCUGGAUGUGCUGGGAAGCUAUGAUGAGUUGCUAUGAAUUCUUUUGUUGUAAUAGUUCGUUAAUUGUAGCUCAUCUAGUUGACUUUUCAUAUUUGUAUAUUAUGUAUGUUUAGAUAGAGCUGGUAGGAAUUGGGACUUGGAGAUUGGGGAUUAGGUAUUAUUUUAUCCAAAUUUGAAAGACUUGUUCUUCAAAGCUGCCAAGAAUCAAAACUUUAAUGAUAGGCUAAAGAAUUAAACCAA